GGUAAGUGGUGGUUAGUCAAAACCCUAGUCCUAGAAGCCUUGCCAUCCUCUGUAUACCGGGCACUCACUUUGCCUUGGUGUUCAGCGGCGCAGCGGCAUCAAAAGCACAGAAAAAUGGAGGCAGCAAGAACUGUGAAAGACGUCUCUCCUCAUGACUUCGUCAAGGCCUACGCGGCCCACCUCAAACGCUCUGGCAAGAUUGAGCUUCCUCCAUGGACUGAUAUCGUGAAAACCGGAACAUUGAAGGAGCUUGCUCCAUAUGACCCUGACUGGUACUACGUGAGGGCAGCUUCCAUGGCUAGGAAAAUAUACUUGAGGGGUGGCCUCGGUGUUGGUGCAUUCAGGAGGAUAUAUGGAGGGAGCAAGAGGAAUGGUAGUCGCCCACCGCAUUUUGGAAAGAGCAGUGGGUCUAUUGCCCGUCACAUUCUUCAACAAUUGCAGAACAUGAACAUUGUUGACCUCGAUCAAAAGGGUGGAAGAAGAAUUACAUCCAAUGGCCAGAGGGAUCUUGACCAAGUUGCUGGACGGAUUGCAGUUGCUCAUUGAGGGAUUUGCAAUAAUUUUUUGAGGAUGAUGGAAAAUUUAUAAUCUAGUUCUUUGAGUUGAAGUAGAUACAGAGAGACCAUUGUUCGUUACUUGUGUUGUUGGUUUGCUUGGUGUUGUUAUGUUAAAAAACUUGAAAAACGCAUCUUGUGACCCUUGAGUAUUUCAGUUUUUCUUUUUUUUUUUUUUAAAUAUACAUCAAUGAUUUAUAUGACA